AUGCCUUUCACCGCAUCCGACAUCUGCAAGAUCAUUCUUGCCAUCAUCCUCCCUCCUCUCGGUGUCUUUCUUGAGCGAGGCUGCAAUGCUGAUUUCUUCAUCAACAUCUUGCUCACAAUCCUCGGUUACAUUCCGGGGAUCAUCCACGCUCUCUACAUUAUUCUAAAGUACUGA